AUGAGUGAUAAAAUCCUCAAGAUUGUUGGUCGUUAUAUAUACGAUAGCCGUGGUAAUCCGACUAUUGAAGUCGAUCUUUGGACAAGCAAAGGCCUUUAUCGUGCUGGUGUUCCAUCUGGUGCUUCGACUGGUAUUCAUGAAGCACUUGAAUUACGUGAUGGAGAUAAAAAUGUUCAUCUAGGAAAAGGUGUUGAAAAAGCUGUAGCUAAUGUGCAAACAUUAGGAAAAUUAAUUAUUGAAAAAGGUUUUGAUGUAACUCAACAAAAAGAAAUCGAUGAUUUUAUGAUUCAACAAGAUGGAACAGAUAGCAAAAAAAAAUAUGGUGCCAAUGCUAUUCUUGGCAUCUCAAUAGCUGUCUGCAAAGCUGGAGCAGCACAUAGUAAUGUACCUUUAUAUCAAUACAUUGCUAAACUAUCAAAUACAACUAUACGAUUACCAGUGCCAGCCUUCAAUGUUAUCAAUGGUGGCAGCCAUGCUGGUAAUAAGCUCGCUAUGCAAGAAUUUAUGCUUUUACCAACGGGAGCUAAAACAUUUAAAGAAGCUAUGCGUAUGGGUUCAGAAGUUUAUCAUCAUUUAAAAAAUCUAAUUAAAGCUGAGUAUGGUCUUGAUGCAACGAAUGUUGGUGAUGAAGGUGGUUUUGCACCCAACAUUGAAAGUGCUGAGAAAGCACUUGAAAUUCUUGUCAAAGCUAUCGACAAAGCUGGCUAUACAGGUAAAAUAAAAAUUGGUAUGGAUGUUGCUGCAAGUGAAUUCUAUGAUGAACAAGAAAAAAAAUACGAUUUAAAUAAUAAAGAAAAAGAUCAUCCACAUUAUUUAACAAGUGAAGAAUUGGUUGCAUACUAUCUUAAACAAAUUGAAACAUAUCCAAUCAUAUCUAUUGAAGAUGCUUUUGAACAAGAUGAUUGGAAUGGAUUUCAAACGUUGCUGACUGCUGUUAAAGGUCGUGGUGUACAACUUGUCGGUGAUGAUUUAACGGUGACCAAUGUAAAACGAAUUCAAUUAGCUAUUGAGAAGAAUGCAUGCGAUUGUCUUUUACUCAAAGUAAAUCAAAUUGGUUCGGUUACUGAAGCCAUUGCGGCAUGCACCAUGGCUCGUGGUGCCGGCUGGAGUGUCAUGGUCAGCCAUCGAAGUGGUGAAACUGAAGAUACAUUCAUUGCCGAUCUUGUCGUAGGCUUAGGCACCGGACAGAUCAAAACUGGCGCACCAUGUCGUUCAGAACGUUUGGCUAAAUACAAUCAAAUCUUACGUAUUGAAGAAGAACUUGGUAGCAGCGCUGUAUAUGCAGGCGAAAACACUUUCAAAAAAAACUAG